AUGAAGAUCCAUCUCUACAUUCUUUUGCUGGCUGCAAGCAUCUCUGCUGCUCCCCAGAUGAGCAACAUGGCUGAAUUACAGAUAUUAUUACAGCAAAUGUGUGAGUCAAUGACAAAGGACAUUUGGAAUCUGAGGAUUGAAACUCCAGACAAUAUAGAUGAUGUGAAUUGUAUCAGCACAAUCUUUGAAGGAACGGAACAGCUGAAAACUAAUCCAGCUAUGAAAAAAUUCAGUGUUUUUUUCCAAAAAUUUGAAAGGCUGAAGCAAUUACUCACACCAAGCCUGGCAAAAGAGGGGAAAUGUGACACAGAAAGAAAGAAUGCAACAAUAUUUCUAGAAAAACUGAUGACAUUCAUCCGAAAAGUAUCAAAAACUGCAAGAGCAUAG